AGGGAUCAAGCGUGCAUCCUCAUGGACACUAGUCAGGUUCAUUAACCCUGAGCCACAACAGGAACUCCUACGAGGUGACCUGUUUCUAUAGUAACAGCAGAGCUGGGCACCUUUGGAAAGGGACUGGGUAGCAGGGAAGGCACAGACCACGUGGCCAACCUCAUGACAUGCUCUCUCGGGUGAAAGCUCCCUCUCGGGCCAGCCUCUCACGCUUGCCUUUCCGAUCAUCCAUUUCUAGAAAAGGAAGCCCCCUCCCCCACCCCACCCCCCAUGGCAGACGGUGAGGCUCUGGGGGCCGUCCUGAAGCCGCUGGUGGUCUGGGUCAAUGAGAGCACCCCGGAGGUGGUGCAGGGCGUCCUCCCAGAGUGCGGCUGGGACAAGUUCGAUAAGUGGGAGCAGAGCAGGGAGAACUGGAACCUGUACGUGUGGGCAUCCUCGUUCCGCAUGGCCGAGCACGCCCACAUCAAGCCCUGGCAGGGCCUGAACCACUUGGGCACCACCGAGCUCACCAGGAGGGACCACUUGGCCAAACAGAUGAAGCACAUGGAGCGGCUGUACGGCUCCCCCCUCUACGAGUUCCUGCCCCUGACGUGCGUCAUGCCCACUGACUACGGCAAGCGUGUGGCCCGGUACUUCAUGGAGAAGCAGGUGCUGGGCGCCCAGCGCAGCUACUGGAUUAAGGCUGCCCUGCUGUCUCAAGGGAGCGGAAUAAUCAUUUUCAGUGACAGCAAAGACUUGAUCUCUGCGGAAACCUCCGUGAUGCAGAAGUACAUCUGGCACCCUCUGCUCGUGGGAUGGUACAAAUGUGACCUCCGCGUCCACGUUCGUGUCACUGGCUUUAAGCCGCUGACCAUCUCUGUCUACCGGGAAGGGCUGGUGCGCUUUGCCACGGAGAAGUUUGACCUCAGUAACUUGCAGAACCGUUACGCCCACCUGACCGCCAGCAGCAUCAGUCAGUCUGGGGCCUCGUAUGAGCAGGUCAAGGAGGUGGGCGGCAGCGGCUGCAAGUGGACCCUCAGCCGCUGCUUCUUGUACCUGUGCAGCUGCGGUGUGGACCGCCGGCCUCCGUGGCCGAAAAUCAGCCACGUGGUAAUACUCACCAUGCUGGCCAUCGCGCCCUCGGCCCCCUUCUCGGCCAAGCUCUUCGAGUUCUUUGGAUUGGAUAUUCUGAUUGGUGACAACUUGUGGCUGUUAGAGGUCAGCUGCCGCCCGGCCAUGUCCCUGGCCUGUCCAACAGACGUCUCGGUGAAGAGGAAACUUAUCCACGACACCACUGAGCUGAUCCACCUGCAUGCCCUCAGGAACGAGAGAAAGGAGAGCCGUCGGGGGGCGGGGGGCAAAUGGAAGUUCCCGUCCCAGAGGAAGAGGGACCAGGAAGAAGAAUGCUCUCGUAGCAACAAGCGAGCCUCCCAAAGCCAGGGCCAGGCACCCGGCCCACACGGCGUUCCUCCCCGCGUGUCGCUUGUACUGACCUGCAGCUGCAAGGCCGGCGUCUCCCUGUGCGUCCAGCCCAACAGCCUGGUGCCCGACCUCCAGGCAGGCAACCCUGUUCUCAUUUUCCCCUUCAGUGAAGCGACUUUUGGAGCUUCCAGGGAUGUGAAUGUCAAAAGAGCAAUCCUAGAGCUCCAGAAACUAAUAUAUCAGCGACACUCCCAAGUGGCAGGAAAGAAAAUAAAACGAACGUAACAGGCAUUUUUUUUUGAAGCCAGGGUCCCUGUCCUGGGGCAGCCGGCGGCUCCGUCCUGCGUCCCAGUGAGGCCCUGGGACAGAGGUGAGGGUCUGUGCAUUAACACGACAGCUGGCAAAACAGAGCCCCUGCUGGGCUUGCAUCUCUUCACUGGCGUGCUGGCUCAGGUCUCGUAAGCCACGUGCCCUUACCUGCUCUUGGUUACAGUUACCCUGUGCGUUUUUAACGGAAAAAGAUUAUUAUAAAUUCUUUUAAAAUGGAGGUGAAAACUUGUAAAUCAACCAUAGUAGAACAAAUAAAAACCUCCCGCUGUAUGGCGCAGGGAACUCUAUCUAGUCACUUGUGAGGGAACAGGAUAGCAGAUAAUGUGGGACAAGUGAUAUGUAUAUAGACGUAUGACGGGGUCACUUUGCUGUGCGAUGGAAAUGGACAGAACAUCGUAAAUCAACUAAAAUGGAAAAAAUAAGAUAAAAAAACUUUAAAGUUAAAAAAAAUUGUACUGAACACCAUACCGGAAAAGCCAGGGGUUACCUUUCUUUUUUAAUGGACCAUAUUUUGUUCACAAUAUUUUUGUCAACGAACAUCAGUCCCCUGACUGAAGUGAGUGACUUCCUGGCAAAUACCCAAGUGACUGUGCCGUUCAUGAAUCCUGGGCCCUCAAUCCGACACUGGGCUGGAGCGCUUCCCACGGCCCGGGCGGGGGAGGGGGACAUCCGCCGAGUUUGACGGCGGCCCCGCUCCACCAGCUUUGUCACUGUUGGGUUCCCCUCCCGGCCUACAGUGUCAGAACCUUCCAAAUCGGGGACGUUAGCACCGGCCAGCGAGGAAAGAGAGGAGAGCCAGCGUUUACCACAAACUGCCUGCUGAGGAGCCAGAGCCUCAGGUCAUGUGCUGUACGUUGCGUUCCUAUAAAGUGCUCGGAGCUGGAAUCCGCAGAAACAGAAAGGAGAGUGGCGGUUUCCAGGGGUUGGGGAAGUGAGGCGUGACAGCUCAUGGCACAGGCUUUCCUCGUGGGGGUGAGAGGACGUGCUGGAACUGAAUGGGAUGCUUUGGAAGUACGUACCUGAUCUAAAUGUCACGAAUGCUGCGUUUUGUGUGGUGCUUCCUUUACCUCAAUAAAAAAAGGUAAAGCGAGACUACACUGUGAGCAGCGAUGCAGAGCGGGCGGUGCAAUGACAAAGCGCACAUUUCAAAGGCGUUACAUCCAUCCACGGCAAGGUAAGUCUCGCUCCCUGCCAUUGCGGUGCACAUGGAGGGGCUUCUGAAACGCUAAUAAAGCUUUAUUGCUUGACCUGAUGGUGCAGAAAAACAGGGAAGAGAGAAAAAAGUUCCAGCAAGUGUAGGCUUGAGGCUGUAAUGUGUCUUUUAUGAGUUGCCUGUUUCUAGGCCUUUAUACGUUUAUGCUUCCACCUCCCACCUGGUUCCAGGAUUUAAAGGAGGCAAGAACAUGAGCACAUCAAGGUGAGUCUGAUCUUACCUGUCGGCUGUUCCGAGGCUACAGUAUCUGGUAAGUAGAAGAAGGUGCCUCUUCCACAAAUGCCGGGGCAUUUGAGUCUAGAUCAUGCAACAUCCAUCACAAGAAAACCACAGAUUCGAUCUCAUCCCGCUUCAGUGGUUGGUUUUUUUGGUUUGUUUUUGUCUUUUGUCUUUUUUCUUUUGGGGGCCACACCUGGGGCAUAUGGAGGU